AUGUUGGGAGUUAAUAACCAUGGUCAGACAAUUGUCUUAGCAUGCACAUUUUUGAGCAAGGAAACGACUGAGUCGUUUGUUUGGAUGUUUGAGGAGUUUAAGAAAGCCAUGCCAGGUGGCGAACCUAAAACGAUCAUUACAGAUCAAGAUGCGGCAAUGGCCAUAGCGAUUUCAAUAGCCUUCCCGACUACAUUUCAUCGACUUUGCAUAUGGCACAUCACAUCAAAGUUCUCUGUUAAGUUACCACAUUCUGCUUAUAAGGAGUAUUGGCAUGAAUUUCAGAAAGCCAUAUGGGAUACUGACAAUAAGGAUGAGUUUGAUGCAAAAUGGAAUAUUGUGGUUACAAAAGCUGGUUUGACCGACCAUCCAUGGCUAAGUUCAAUGUUUGAUUUAAGGGAAUCUUGGGUUCCAGCCUACGCACGACAAUUUUUUGCCGCUGGAAUGUCAAGCAGCCAAAGAGCAGAAGGUUCUCAUGGUUUUUUCAAGCAAUACAUAUCAAGGAGAAAUUCGUUGAUGGAUUUCAUAAUACGAUUUGAGAGGGCACUUUCUCAUCAACGUGAAAAAGAGUUAGUUGCUGAUCACAGCUCAACAGAGGAUGCUUCUAAAGUUGUCUUUAACGUGAGCGAAAGGAAAAAUUGGGAAACAAGAGUGGCAGAAGUCGUAUAUGUGAAAGAUUCUGACCACGCAUCGUGUAGCUGCAAAAGAUUUGAAUUUGUUGGAAUUAUUUGCAAGCACAUCCUAGCAUUGUUCAGAAGGGACCAGAUUGAAUAUAUGCCCGAUAAAUAUAUUUUGAAGAGGUGGAAGAAAACUGCGAAAUCUGGAUUGGUGUUAGAUGCAAAUGGCAACGAAAUUAAAGACUGUGCAGAUCCUGGUCUUUUAAUAAAGCGGUGUACAAUGUCUCGAGUUGCUUCAGAUGUGGUUGAGGAUGCAUUAAUGAGUGAAGAAGGAUGUGAGCUACUGUCAGAGACUCUAAAAAGUUUGCAGGUGAAGUUGAAGUUGUUGAAGGAUGGACCAAGUAAUAACGAAGUUGGAGGGUCCAGCUCUCAAACACAAUAUAUGAAAGACCCUAAGAGAGUGAGGUGCAAAGGAAGGUCGAAAGGAGUAACGGGAGCAAAGGAAAAGGCAAUGAAGCGAGGGAUUAGACAUUGUCGAGAGUGUGGACACAUUGGUCAUGAUAGAAGACAAUGCCCAAGACAUUUGAACACACCGACAUCACCGUCGAACAAUGACGAAUCAACUCCAAUAGAUCGUAGUGACCCAUUAUUCGACGAAUUUGACAGGAUGCACGGACCAACUGAAUGA